CUUACUUAGGAGCUUCUCCAUUCUGUUAGCUCUCAGGAACAUCCAAGGCAAGACUGACACCCGGCACCCAGCACCCAGCACCCAGCAGGAAGCCUGCGGCCCCUUCCAGUCACUGACCACACACCCACCUCCCCAGGUACCAUGGAGUCCUUCAGCUCAAAGAGUCUGGCACUACAAGCCGAGAAGAAGCUACUGAGUAAAAUGGCCGGUCGGUCCGUGGCUCAUCUCUUUAUCGACGAGACCAGUAGCGAGGUGCUGGAUGAGCUUUACCGUGUGUCCAAAGAGUUCACGCACAGCCGGCCCAAGGCACAGCGGGUGAUCAAAGACUUGAUCAAGGUGGCCGUCAAGGUGGCCGUGCUGCACCGCAGCGGCUGCUUUAGUCCCGGGGAGCUGGCUCUGGCUACACGCUUCCGCCAGAAGCUGCGGCAGGGCGCCAUGACGGCACUCAGCUUCGGGGAGGUGGACUUCACCUUCGAGGCUGCUGUGCUAGCAGGCCUGCUCACCGAGUGCAGGGACGUUCUCUUGGAGCUGGUGGAGCACCACCUCACCCCCAAGUCACAUGACCGCAUCAGACACGUGUUUGAUCACUACUCCGACCCUGACCUGCUCGCUGCCCUCUAUGGGCCUGACUUCACUCAGCACCUUGGCAAGAUCUGUGACGGGCUCCGGAAGCUGCUGGAUGAAGGGAAGCUCUGACGCCCUCGAGCCCAGCGCACUGGACUUUGGCAAAAUGACUGACUGGGCUUUCUAACCCUGCACAAAUGCUUCUCAGUCCCCUGGCUUCAUUCUCUCCCAAGAGUGACGUUGACACGAGGUCACCCCCACCCCCAAACAGCUGGCGGAGAAAAAGCAUGCUGAGCUGAGUGAGGCGGCUCUCCCAUCCAGGGUCAGCAAAGGAAACAGCUGAUUGAGGAAGAUGAAGUGAAACUCGGGUCUGCUGCUCCCAGGAGAACUGCCCGAAAAGGGAUCCUCCUCCUCCACAAACCCAAGGAAGGGGGCACUGGAGGCCAGCAGCAGGAAGGUGGCCGGCGGAAGCCUCCUAGAUCUCCUAGAGCUGGACACAUACCGGAGGCUGGGCUCCAGAGUUCUAGAAGGGGCCGGGGGAGGGGAGACACA